AUGACCGGGUAUACCAUGUUGCGGAAUGGAGGGGUAGGCAAUGGAGGCCAACCCUGGAUGCUGCGAUGGUCCAGCCGCAUUCGACUCACUUGGCUCAGCUUCACCUUGUUCAUCAUCCUGGUCUUCUUCCCCCUCAUCGCCCACUACUACCUAACCACCAUAGACGACGCCGACGACGCCGGCAAGCGCAUCUUCGGGCCGCGCACGGGCAACGAGCUUUGCGAGGUGAAGCACGUCCAGGACCUCUGCCGCAUCCGGGAAUCGGUGAGCGAGGAGCUGCUGCAGCUGGAAGCCAAGAGGCAGGAGCUGAACAGCGAGAUCGCCAAGCUGAACCUCAAGAUCGAAGCCUGCAAGAAGAGCAUUGAGAACGCCAAGCAGGACCUCCUGCAGCUGAAGAAUGUCAUCAGCCAGACGGAGCACUCCUACAAAGAACUCAUGGCGCAGAACCAACCCAAGCUCUCCCUGCCCAUCCGGCUGUUGCCGGACAAGGACGACUCCAACUUCCCCCUGCCCAAAUCCCACAGGAGCUGCCGGCUACACAACUGCUUCGACUACUCCCGCUGCCCGCUGACGUCCGGCUUCCCCGUGUAUGUCUACAACAGCGACCAGUUCGAUUUUGGGAGCUCGUUGGACCCCUUAAUUAAGCAGGCCUUUGAGUCCACUGUCAGAACGAACGUGUACAUUACUGAAAACGCAAACAUUGCCUGUUUGUACAUAAUCCUCGUGGGGGAAAUGCAGGAGCCCGUUAUGCCAAAACCUACUGAACUCGAGCAACAGUUGCACACGCUGCCCUUUUGGAGGACUGACGGGCACAACCACCUGAUCAUCAACUUGUCCAGGAAGUCGGAAACUCAGAACUUCCUUUAUAACGUCAGCACCGGGCGGGCCAUGGUCGCCCAGUCCACCUUUUACGAUGUACAGUAUCGCCCGGGUUUCGAUAUCGUGGUCUCCCCUCUUGUCCACGCCAUGUCCGAGCCCAAUUUCCUAGAGAUCCCGCCCCAGGUGCCGGUCAAGCGAAAAUACCUGUUCAGUUUCCAAGGGGAGAAGGUGGAGUCUCUCCGGUCCAGCUUGCAAGAAGUGCGCUCCUUCGAAGAAGAAAUCGAAGGCAACGCCCCAGCGGACUAUGAUGACAGGAUCAUUACCACCCUGAAGGCUGUCCAAGACAGCAAGCUGGACUUUGUCUUGGUGGAAUUCACUUGUAAGAACCAGCCUAAGGCAAGCCUGCCCACUGAGUGGGCUCUUUGUGGAGAAAGGGAAGACAGACUAGAGCUACUGAAACUAUCUACUUUUGCACUGAUAAUCACCCCGGGGGACACCCACCUUGUCAUCUCCGCCGGGUGCGCAAUGCGUCUUUUCGAGGCCCUGGAGGUUGGGGCGAUCCCGGUGAUCUUGGGAGAGCAGGUCCAGCUGCCCUACCACGAUGUGAUCCGGUGGAACGAGGCAGCCUUAAUCAUACCAAAGCCACGUAUCACGGAAGUGCACUUUCUCCUGCGGAGUAUUUCCGACAACGACCUCCUGGCCAUGAGGAGGCAGGGCCGCUUCCUGUGGGAGACCUACUUUUCCACUUCGGACAGCAUCUUCAGCACGGUUCUAGCCAUCAUAAGGACUCGAAUCCAAAUCCCGGCCGUCCCCAUCCGGGAGGAGGCUGCGGUGGAGAUCCCCCACCGGUCCGGAAAGGCUGCUGGCACAGACCCCAACAUGGCCGACAACGGGGACUUAGACUUGGGGCCGGUGGAGACGGAGCCGCCCUACUCCUCGCCCAAAUACCUGCGCAAUUUUACCCUCACCGCCAUGGAUAUUUACAGAAACUGGAACUCGGCCCCCGGCCCUUUCCACCUCUUCCCCCACACACCCUUUGACCCUGUCCUGCCGUCGGAAGCCAAGUUCCUCGGAUCUGGGACCGGGUUCCGGCCCAUCGGAGGAGGAGCUGGCGGCUCUGGGAAGGAGUUCCAAGCCGCGCUGGGAGGCAACGUCCCCAGGGAGCAGUUCACCGUUGUCAUGUUGACCUACGAGCGAGAGGAAGUGCUCAUGAACUCCCUGGAGAGGCUCAACGGCCUCCCCUACUUAAACAAAGUGGUGGUGGUCUGGAACUCUCCCAAGCUGCCGUCAGAGGACCUCCUGUGGCCGGACAUCGGCGUCCCAAUUGUGGUAAGAGCAGUUGGAAAUAUUUGGCUUCUUCUGCCUCUCUCCAAAGAGAGAAGUGGAGAGGCUUCAGAAUUCUUUUGUUGCAACGUGGAGCGUUGAGGGUUGUGCGUUAUGUUUUUAGAUGCACCAUAAAAAAAAGAAAUAAAUUCUGGUUUAGAUUCUUUCAAAUGCUUGCAGUGGGCAGUGUGUGUGUGUGUGUGUGUGUGUGUGUGUGUGUGAAAGAGAGAGAGAGAGGGGACUGGUUGCCUGAUUCCACCACUGCCCCCUUUCUGCCAGCGUAGUCUCAGAAACCAACCGUGUAUGGAAAUAUUGUGAAAGUACCUACAAUCUUAUCCUCCGGGCAAGUCUUUGCACGGCUUGAAGCAAAGCAGACUCCAAGUUCCUCAUGUGAAUCCUCAAUGAUGUCAGUAUCCGAGGAGUCCCAAAGUCCAGGCAGCAAGUUCAGAGUGGAGAAGACAUCUGAAGGCAGCCCUGUUUAGGGAAGCUUUUAGUGUUUAAUAGAUUAUUGUAUUUUAAUAUUCUGUUGAAAGCUGCCCAGAGUGGCUGGGGAAACCCAGCCAGAUGGGCGGGGUAUAAAUAAUAAAUUAUUAUUAUUAUUAUUAUUAUUAUUAUUAUUAUUACAGUGGUACCUCUGGAUGUGAACGGAAUCCGUUCCGGAGCCCCAUUCGCAUCCUGAGUAGAACGCAACCCGCGACUGCACGUCUGCGUGUGCAUGGGUCGUGAUUUGCCGCUUCUGCGCAUGCGCAUGACGUUAUUUUGAGCGUCUGCACAUGCAUGAGCGGCAAAACCCAGAAGUAACGCGUUCCAUUACUUCCGGGUCGCAGCGGAGCGUAACCAGAAAAUGCUCAACCUGAAGCAUAUUUAACCCUAAGUGGCACUGUGGGUUAAACCACAGAGCCUAGGACUUGCCGAUCAGAAGGUCGGCGGUUCGAAUCCCCGCGACGGGGUGAGCUCCCGUUGCUCCGUCCCAGCUCCUGCCAACCUAACAGUUCAAAAGCACCUCAAAGUGCAAGUAGAUAAAUAGGUACCACUCUGGCGGGAAGGUAAACGGCAUUUCCAUGUGCUGCUCUGGUUCGCCAGAAGCGGCUUAGUCCUGCUGGCCACAUGACCCGGAAGCUGUAUGCCGCCUCCCUUGGCCAGUAAAGCGAGAUGAGCGCCGCAACCCCAGAGUCGUCUGCGACUGGACUUAACGGCCAGGGGUCCCUUUACUUUUACCUUUUAUGACUGUAUUCUAUUUGUAGGCUGUUUGGCCAAAGGGUAGUAAUGGUUCAAUCCAAGUUGCACUGCAGCUGAAGGAGCAGAGGUAAUAGCAAGGGCUCCUUAGAACUGAUCGUGUUUCCAGGAAAGAUGGCUUUAUUGCCAUCCACUAGCAGCUUCUCUCAUGGCUAGCUACUAAACUGAUACGACCUUGGUUGCCCAAGGGAGAUGGGGAUGUGCCAGUCUUGUCCCUUGAGUGUCUGGUCAUCUGCUGGGCUUCAGGGCAGUGGCUACUGCAGCUUGGUGCUGUAGAAGUUCACCCUCUCCCUUUCGUAUCCCUGAAGGAGUCUUGACCUGCUUCUUUAUUGUCCAAAGGAGAAUGUACAUCCUUACACGGGUAACAUCUCAACAUGUUCAGUUCGCAAGCAGAGAACUCGUGGGAAAUCGAUGUUUUGCCUUUAAAGCCUGAGCACUGUGUGGAAGAUGAUUUUCAUUUAAUAGUUUCAGUUGAAGGAAUGCUGCUGUUGAGGGCCUAGAAUAAGUCCUCUCAAGCCACAAGUGUCAGGGUGCUGGCGGUGCUUUUUAUAGGGCGGAAUAAAAGUGAGCUAUUGCGCCUUGCGUUUCUUCCAUCCCCUGAAGGAAGGGCGCUUCUCUGUGCUCCUCAGAUACUAGUUUGCUACACCAUACAACUUCCUUACGGCCCCUAAAACAGAGUUACGGCUCCCUUGCAGUCAGGACUUUGCAGUAAUUGUGAGGCCUACCAGAAUUGUGAAGGGAUGAAGUCAUCCGCUGCGGGUGCCAUUAAUGUACUUUUUCAAAGAGACCCGUCAACAAACAAGAGUAGCAAAAUGGUCCUAAAUGGACUGAGGCUGUGGCACAAAGGGACAAAGCGAUAUGAUUUAAAUUACAUAUCUUAUGUGUGUCUCAUUUGCUUCCCUUGAGUCGCUUCUUGGUCCGGGCAUUUUAUAUUCAAGAUAGAUAGAUAGAUAGAUAGAGAGAGAGAGAGAGAGAGAGAAACAGUAUGUUCAAAUGCAGAACAUUUCAUAGCUCGCUAAAAGCUUUUUUAAAAAAAGAAAAAUAAACAAAUUUGAACAAUUGUGUGCUGUCACACUGGGAGAGGGUGGAACACAAACGGCUACUUGUUUCCUACCCUAGCGAGACGUCUUUCAAAAAUAUCUUGUCUGGAGCACUUUUCUGUUUUUUUAAAUAUAUACUGUGGGUUGUUUUUCUGCCGUUCUAGCCAGUCAGCCGUUUCUCCUUUUGAAUUGUGCCAUUUUUGAUACGUUUGAUGACUGAGCCUCACAACUUGAUCUGGGGUUUGUGCAGAUAUUUGGGUUAGCUGUGGAUGUGAGGCAAGUGUGCACCUGUGAAAAUGUUUGUGGCUUGCUCACGGGUGAUGACAUCCAAGAGCUAAUGGAAAAAGUGAGCAUUUGGAUGCAGAUGUGAGUUGUGUUUUCACUGAAGAUGACACAGUGCAGGCCAGAGGGAAUUCAGUGGGUAUUUUGACAACUGCCCCAUUUCCCCUGACACCAGUUUGGGCCGGGGUAUUGGGUGGGAUUUUGGGGGGCUUGUACCUUGGCCUAUCCUCAGCCAGCCUAAAGUCUCUUGUGAAUAUGGACGCAGUGGUCUAAACCACUGAGCCUCUUGGGCUUGCUGAUCAGAAGGUUGGUGGUUCGAAUCCCCGUGGUGGAGCGAGCACCUGUUGCUCUGUCCCUGCUCCUGCCAACCUAGCAAUUCGAAAGCACACCAGUGUGAGUAGAUAAAUAGGUACCGCUCUGGUGGGAAGGUAAACAGUGUUUCCAUGCGCUCUGGUUUCUGUCACGGUGUUCCGUUGCACCAAAAGCAGUUUAGUCUUGCUGGCCACAUGACCCGGAUAACUGUUUGUUGACAAACGCCGGCUCCCUCGGCCUGAAAGUGAGAUGAGCGCUGCAACCCCAUAGUCGCCUUUGACUGGACUUGACCAUCCAGUGGUCAUUUACCUUACCUUUGUCUUUAUGGAGGGACGCAGGUGGCGCUGUGGGUUAAACCACAGAGCCUAGGACUUGGCAAUCAGAAGGUCAGCGGUUCAAAUCCCCACAACGGGGUGAGCUCCCGUUGCUCGGUCCCUGCUCCUUCCAACCUAACAGUUCGAAAGCACGUCAAAGUGCAAGUAGAGCAAUAGCUACCACUCCAGCGGGAAGGUAAAUGCCGUUUCCGUGCGCUGCUCUGGUUCGCCAGAAGCGGCUUAGUCUUGCUGGCCACAUGACCCGGAAGCUGUACGCCGUCUCCCUCGGCCAAUAAAGCGAGAUGAGCGCCACAAGCCCAGAGUCGCACCGCAACCCCAGAGUCAGCCACAACUGGACCUAAUGGUCAGGGGUCCCUUUACCUUUACCUUUACCUUUAUGAAGAGUUAUAACACUAAAAGAAAAAAGAAAACCCAGAAAACAGAUGCAGAGGUGCCAAAAGCAGAGGAAGGUGGUAUUUUGCAGCAGAAGAGGAACGUGGCACUUCCAUGAGACUGGGGCACAGAGACGCCGGCUCCCGUUUUGACUUUCGGGAUCUGAGCACCGCAUGAAAUGAACUUAUUCUUAAUAUUUCAUCUUAUUGUUUCUGACUAGUAAAUCACACUGCUCACAGGCAGGAGUGAAUGAAAAGAUUAUCUUUCUUCCAGGAGCAGCAAAAUGAGUUACAAUUGCUCAUGUCACUGUGAAAUGAACAUUCACAUUAGUCCUGCUGCGUCUUUUGCUCUUCUUUUAAACAAAAUCCUUGAAAUAAUGCCUACCUGAAAUAAAAUUAACUCCUUCGUCGCUUUUGCAGAAUGGCAGCCAGAAGGGGGCUUCUUGGGCACGAUGUACACAAGGAUGAGCAGGUCUCUUAACAACCCGGCAGAUCUUCCCCAAAUUAGUCCACCUCUGACUACAACCCUGAAUUUGCUCUGAUUAGAGGAAUGUUAAUGGAAACUUGUUAUUUAUUUGCAAGUUUCAGCUUGCCCCAUUUUAAUUGGCAAUAGCUCAUUAAAGGCAGAGUACAUAAAACCUGUGGGAUAAAAUCUCUAGUGAAAAUAGAUGGAGCCCAACUGCAUUUUUUAAAAAAUGAGAAAUAAGAUAAAACUGCUAUCGGCUUCUGUGGUCCAUGUUUGAUUGACUUCUGUCUGAUGUGUACCAGUUCAUCCUCCAAGGCUGCAAGAAGGAGGAAUAGGAGGUUGUAGCUUGUGAUGUACACGAUUGGGAGCUGAAAGCCCUCACAGGAUUUCCAGGGUGUAAGGCAUACGUUUCUGCAAGGAAGCCAUAAUUAGCUGCUUAAAAAUCUGCAAGCCCCUCUUAGGCUCCCAAUGCUAAACAGCAGUGCCCAGUCAGUCUUGCACUGGGAAUUUUGUUGAGACAGAGACAGGGGUCUCAGGCAUUUAGGGAAUCUGCAGAAUCUUUCCACACAUUUCCCUGUGUAGCCAGAUCCACUUGGAAGCCCAGCCUUUUGACAGCCCGGCACUCCUAUAAAAAGAUUUUGCUUUUGGUGACACACGGUUAUGUACUUUGUACUAUGAAUCUGUGGGACUGCAGGAAAGCUGCAAUUGCCCACCAGGAGAAAGUUAGCUUUCGCUGAAGUUUUAAAAGGCAACUUUCUUAUUCUUAAGAAAUUCGUUGGGCACUAUGUGAGUAAUGACUGGUGAGACCUUUGAAGUCAGGGUCUUGCUGACUUACCUUGGGGUAUGCAAGAGUCUUAUAAGGUACAGUGGUACCUUGGUUCUCAAACUUAAUCUGUUCCAAAACCAAAGUGUUCCAAAACCAAGGCGCUUUCCCAUAGAAAGUAAUGCAAAAUGGAUCAAUCCGUUCCAGACUUUUAAAAACAACCCCUAAAACAGCAAUUUAACAUGAAUUUUACUAUCUAAUGAUAUCUCAUUAGAUAUCUAAUUUUACUAUCUAAUGAGACCAUUAAUAGAUUUACUAUCUAAUGGGACGCGGGUGGCGCUGUGGGUUAAACCACAGAGCCUAGGGCUUGCCGAUCAGAAGGUUGGCGGUUCGAAACCCCGCGACAGUGUGAGCUCCCGUUGCUCGGUCCCUGCUCCUGCCAACCUAGCAGUUCAAAAGCACAUCAAGUAGAUAAAUAGGUACCGCUCCGGUGGGAAGGUAAACGGCAUUUCUGUGCGCUGCUCUGGUUCGCCAGAAGCGGCUUAGUCCUGCUGGCCACAUGACCCAGAAGCUGUACGCUGGCUCCCUCGGCCAGUAAAGCGAGAUGAGCGCCGCAACCCCAGAGUCGGCCACGACUGGACCUAAUGGUCAAGGGUCCCUUUACCUUUACCUUUAAUGAGACCAUUGAUCCGUAAAAUGAAAGCAAUAAACAAUGUACUGCAGUCACACAAUUGAUCAAUAAGUAGCUGAACUGGGUUCCAUAGUUCCACAGUGGUAUCUGAAGAAGUGUGCGUGCACACGAAAGCUUAUACCAAGAACAAACUUAGUUGGUCUCGAAGUUCGCAAACCGGAACACUUUUUUUUUUUAAAAAUAAUAUUUAUUAAAGUUUCAAAGAAAAAAAAAGAAUCACAUUAGUAGAGAAAAAAUUAACAAUGAAAAGAAAAAAUACAAGUAAAAAAAGAAAAACCAAUUAAAAACAAUUUCAUCUUUUCCUCACUUCUUUUACGUUUACUUGUUUCCCGGACCUCCUCUUACCUCCCUCUUUUGUAUUCUAAUUAAAUAUGUUAAUCCAACAAUUCCUUUCCCUCCUUUUUAAUCCUAAUCUUUAAUCUUGAUAUAUUAUAACUUUAAAUUUUACAUUUUACAUAUUAAUAACCAAUUUUUCCAUAUUCUUUUGUGCCUGUACAGCUAGAAACCACUUAACUUCAAUCCAACAUCAUUCUAACAUUCAUGCAAACCGGAACACUUUUGGGUUUGCAGUGUUUGAGUUCCAAGUUCUUUGAGUACCAAGGCGUUUGAGAACCAAGGUACCACUGUAGAUCAGCGUUGUUAUGCCAAUAUUGCAGCUAGAUGAACUGAGGCUGAGACGAUAGUGGCACUCGAAGACAGCUGUGGGGUUCAUCGCAGAGCUGGAAUUGAAACAGGGGGCUUCCUGAUUUACAGCUGAAUUCACUCCUAGCCACACCAGCAAGUAGUACAAAAUAAGAGAACACAUGCAAAUCCGUUUAACUUGGAUCAUUUUAUCCAGGCCACCAAACUGGGCCAGAGUUUUUAUUUUUCUUGUACAUGAGCAAGCCUGCUUCUUCUUCCCAUUCAUUAAUCCUGAGCAAAUUGGGCUGGAAAAUUCCAGGUGUCUGCCCAUAUGCUUUUAGAACUUGAAGUUGGAGUCUGAAAACGAAACAUAUUCCCUUUCUAUAACAUGGGCAUGCAAAUAUGUGUGUGUGUUUGUGUUUUUUCUUUCAUUUCUUGUUAUUAAUUUAUUGCAAGCUACUUAGUACAAGGCGCUGGGGGUUGGGGAAGUUUCCUCCACCUUCUAAUUAAGGAUGGAGGGGGCGGGGGAGAACCGCCGCCAUUUAAAAAUUGCUUUUUUCUAUUAACACCAAAACAAUUUCAAGCCUCGUAAGACCACCAGGUGCAGAGCAGUGAUAAUGCGACUGUGACAAAGUGAUUGCUGAUCAAAGCACCGAAAGCAGACGGCUAAUGAACUCCAACAAAUUACAGCGUAAUGAGGAGAAAUACCUUGUGCAUCGCGAAGUAGUCAGAGUCUCCAAAGCUGUAGAGAACCCAAUACACAGAAACUACAAUCAGGAGCACAAACUCUCCCUUUUUUCCUCCUCCCGGGGCAGGAAAGGGGUCAGUCCAACCUUCGGUUUGCUGGUAUAACUGAGUUACCGUGUCGUGAAAUGAUGCAUGUCUCAGAAGUGUGUUGCCAACGUGAACAUUUUGGAAAGCUCUGAUCUAGUCCAUCCGCCUUUAAUGCAAGAAUAUGCCAAUUAACUUUUUUCACUGGGUUUGUACAUCCCGUUGAUAGUUGUCGGCUGAGUAGUCUGGUGCCAAGAUAUCACUUGAUGAACUUCCACAUGCAAACAAGCUUUGUAGGCAGUGCCAGAUUUACGUAUAAGCUAAACAAGCUAUAGCUUAGGGCCCCACUCUCUUGGGGGCCCCAAAAAAUUUUAAAGGGAAAAAACACCUGGAUGUACAUUUCCAAAAUAUAAGAUAAAAAACAAAUAGAAUAAAACCUACAUACAGCAACAGUGUUUUGUGUUGUGUAGGCUCCUAUGAUGUAAGUCAUGGGCCCCGCCUGCUAGCCUGCUCCUUAAAAUAUCACUGGUUUGCUCCUUUCUAUAUAUACGGUAAGGGACGUGGGUGGCGCUGUGGGUUAAACCACAGAGCCUAGGGCUUGCCGAUCAGAAGGUCGGCGGUUCGAAUCCCCGCGAUGGGGUGAACUCCUGUUGCUCUGUCCCUGCUCCUGCCCACCUAGCAGUUUGAAAGCACGUCAAAGUGCAAGUAGAUAAAUAGGUACCACUCCGGCGGGAAGGUAAAUGGCGUUUCCAUGCGCUGCUCUGGUUUGCCAGAAGCGGCUUAGUCAUGCUGGCCACAUGACCCGGAAGCUGUACGCCGGCUCCCUCGGCCAGUAAAGCGAGAUGAGCGCCGCAACCCCAGAGUCGGCCACAACUGGACCUAAUGGUCAGGGGUCCCUUUACCUUUACCUUUACCUUUAUAUAUAGGGUGCCUAAAUUCUGCAUGGACCGGUUGCAGGGCAACAUGUGCAAAUGGCUUUAGAUACCUAUUAGGUCCAUCAAUUACCAUAUAGCAUAUAUUCAACACAAAAAACAGUGACAAUUUGUUGUUGACAGAGGACAGCUGGACAUAUAAAGUGCCCCAUUGUCUUUAGCAGUUUAGGGCCUCAUCAAACCUAAAUCUGGCCCUGUUUGUGGGGUAGGAAUGGAAGGGUUUACACCAGGCAUCCCCAACCUUUGGCCCUCCAGGUGUUUUGGCCUACAACUCCCAUGAUCCCUAGCUAACAGGAGCAGUGGUCAGGGAUGAUGGGAAUUGUAGUCCAAAACAUCUGGAGGGCCGAAGGUUGGGGUUGCCUGGUUUACACCCAUCUGGCCUUGUAUAAUCCAGCGCUGUCUUCCAAACCUCCAAAAGGGCAUGAUCUUCCAGUGUGGCUCUUGUUGUUUUCUCCAGCCUGAUCUUUGUUAUAAAAAUUUGGAAGGAAGUAGCAGGUUGGAUUUAGGGAGAGAGAGAAAGAGAGUGUGUUUUCUGAAGAAUUAAUUUUGCUGUUUUUUGUUUUUUUUAAGGAAAGGGGGCCGGCUUUGCCCAUACUCAGAAUUCUCCUCCAUGGAACAUAAAAUGCUUGUUUUUGGAAAUGGCAAUUAUGACACAUCCUCAAAGCAGAGGGAUGCCAAACAGUUUUUACUUUGAGUUGGCAAAAAUGACGGAUGCAAUUAGGGGACAGUCUAAACAAAAAUUUCAAAAAAGAGAGGGGAAAGAGAUUAUUUUUUUAAAAAACCAGUGCCCUCAAAUUAAAACCUGGACUUGCUUCAAAUAAUUUUUGCAAAACAAAAUACAGUUUACAAAUACAACAUAUGGAGAAGAGUAGAAAAGAUGAAAUGAGAAAGAAACAGUUCAGCAAGUUUAAAAUCAGACCCUCGUUGAGGAGGAAGGAAGUCUAAUAGAAUAGAAUAAGAACUAACAAUGGCUAACAUAAGUUCGUGUGCAGAUACUUGCAGAUUUAUGAAUAUAUGUUUUUCAUUUAUCUUGUGUUUUCUAUUGUAGUUUGUUUUCUAAGAGCCGUGUGUGUAUGUGCUGUAGUAAUAAGUUAAUAAACAGCAUUUACCAAAAAUAAAAAAAGAGAAUUCUCAGUCUUACGCUGAUCUGUUCAGAAGUAAGCCCCGCUGAAUUUGGUGGGGUUACUCUCAUUUAUAUAGAGGGUUUUUUUUGUACAGCAAACCAAAACAGCCACUGUCCUGGAAAGCAAGUAAAACUUGGUGGUGAAAUUUAGAUAACAAAAUCAUUUGUAUUGUAAAACAGCUAAUAAAAAGAAGUAAAAUAAAAAAACCUGAAACAUCACAAAAGGAGGGAUGGGAAGUCAAGAAGAAUUUUUUUGUUGGGACAGAAAAACAAUUGUAUAUGACGAUAAAUGUUUUGGAAUAUUUCUGUAGAUUUAAUAAAAAUAUUUUUGAAAGCAAGCAAGCAAGCAAAAGUUAAUACAGAGAGCAUGAGGGACACUACGGUCUCUUAGGCACAAGGUGUCGGGAAUGAUGAUGAAGAUGGAGAUUUAAUUUCAAUUUGUUGCCUGUUCUGCAUCCUAAGGCCCAAGGGCAGGUUACAACGAUUUAAAAUACAGCAUUAAAAGAGCAGUUUUAAAAACUGACUGUCACAAAAAAUAGGGUGGGUCCUAAAAACAGACUUCUCGAGUGUCAAAAGUUGAGGGUGAAGAUUUGAAACAUCGAGGGAAUGUCUCUGUAAAUAGAUCCAUCUUAUAAAGCUAGUGGGAUGUUGCUAUAGAGGGAGCCAGUAAGAGUGUGGCUUAAAGGUAAAGGGACCCCUGACCAUUAGGUCCAGUCGUGGACGACUCUGGGGUUGUGGCACUCAUCUCGCUUUAUAGGCCGAGGAAGCUGGCAUACAGCUUCCAGGUCAUGUGGCCAGCAUGACUAAGCCACUUCUGGCGAACCAGAGCAGCGCACGGAAACACCGUUUACCUUCGCACUGGAGUGGUACCUAUUUAUCUACUUGCACUUUUUAUUUAUUACUGUGAUAAGCAUGAAUUACUAUGCAAUUCAAACAUAGUUAAUAUCACAAUUUUAAUACAUCUUUAAUUUGGCGUUUACAAUGAAAAUAUUGGUGCCAUACUUCAGUUUUCAAAACACUCUACUCUUUAUUGUUAGACUCCUUAAACAUAUUGUCCAUCCUUAACAUAUACUCCAGAAACUCCAGCGGGUGCAGAAUACCACGGCGAGGCUCCUUACAGGGUCCUUGCGGCGGAAUCACAUUCAUCCAGUGCUUUACCAACUGCACUGGCUCCCGGUGGAGUACAGGGUCAGGUUUAAGGUGCUGGUUUUGACCUUUAAAGCCCUACGCAGCCUAGGACCCUUGUACCUACGGGACUGCCUCUGCCGGUAUGUCCCACGGAGGACCUUAAGGUCCACAAAUGACAACACUUUGGAGGUACCAGGUCGCAAGGUGGUUAGAUCGGUCUCAGCUAGGGCCAGGGCCUUUUCAGCACUGGCCCCGACGUGGUGGAACGCUCUGUCACAAGAGACUAGGGCCCUGCGGGACUUGACAUCUUUCUGCAGGGCCUGCAAGACAGAGCUGUUCCGCCUGGCCUUUGGUUUGGACUCAGUCUCAGUUUCCCUCCCCUUAUGGUUUUGAUUUAUAGGCUACUAUUAAAAUGAGGCUGCAUUUAAAAUAGCAUUUUAACCCCUACUUUAAUAAACUGGUUUUGUUUUUGUUUGUUUGUUUCCCCCUAUUGUUUUCCCCAGAGCGUUCCACCAAGUCGGGGCCAGUACUGAAAAGGUCCUGGCCCUAGUUGAGACCAAGCUAACCACCUUGCGGCUUGGGAGCUCCAAAGCGUUGUCCGCACCCCCUUCGGAAAAAUAAAAGGUCCACCUUUUAACCCCUCAGUUUCCACCCAGAGCCAACAUGAAGCAUACCUCGUAUAGCUUCCCUUUAUAUAUAUUAACAACAACAACAUUUUUUUUUAAUUUAUACUCUGCCUGUCUAGGCUGAUGAAACUUGGAUUGCAUACUCAUCGGGGGACGGAGGCCUCUGCCAUUUUUGCUUAAUUUGCUUAGUAAAGCAUCGCAAACGUUUAUGGUGCUACGUAAAAUCACAACAAAGACUUAUUUGUAGCUUUGCAGAUUUGCCAGCUCUGGCAGAUUAUGCAGAAAGCAUGCCAGGUUUCUCCAGGCAAGUAAUUCCUCUGAAUGUAAUAGGGAUUAUUCAUGUGGCUAGAGUUAUGCACACAUUUGCUAAAUCCGGGUGUUCUGGCCUAUUAAUGCUGAGGAGCUGAUUCCCUCCCUUCCGUCCCAAGCAUCCAUUUAUUAACAAUGUGGUUGUAAAGGGUGAGCAAUCUGAACACAGAUAUUCUCUACUCCCUCAGAGCUGGGGACUGAUCCAAAUAUUUAGAAAUGUGUAUGCGUUGUGCAAGCUCUCCUGGUGCAUUCAAUGCUGUGACCUUGCGUUUAGGAAGCUUAGGGGCAAAACCCAUGACAUGUGCAGUAGCCAGCAAGCGAUUAACAUGGAAUAUUUACAUAUAUGCACAUUCUUUUAUACUGAGCGUGUGCAAAAUAUUUGCCUUUAUCACCCUCACCGCAAAGGGCUUGCAAGGACUUGCUCACAUAUCUGACUCCACCCAUCUGUGGGGCUCCAAAAUCCACCCCAGCCUAUGGAGUUUCUUGUACAGGUUUCACCCCCUCUUCAAAAGUAUCCUCAAAUGCAAUGGUCAGUUUUGCCUGUUGGAAUCAAUGGAAGCCUUUCAUCUCUUUGGGAGAAAAUAAAAGUAAGUGCCCAGGGAUGCCACUGGAAUAGUAAAAAAGGAGUUAAAAAUGGGGACAUGGGUGGCACUGUGGUCUAAACCACUGAGCCUCUUGGGCUUGCUGAUCGGAAGGUCGGUGAUUCGAAUCCCCGCGACGGGGUAAGCUCCCGUUGCUUUGUCCCAACGCCUGCCAACCUAGUUCGAAAGCAUGCCAGUGCAAGUAGAUAAAUAGGUACCACUGUGGCGGGAAGGUAAACUGUGUUUCCAUGUGCUUUGGCUUCUGUCACGGUGUCCUGUUGUGCCAGAAGCGGUUUAGUCCUGCUGGCCACAUGACCCUGAAAGCUGUCUGUGCACAAAUGCCGCCUCCCUUGGCCUGAAAGCAAGAUGAGCACCGCAAUCCCAUAGUCGCCUUUAACUGGACUUAACCGUCCAGGGGUCCUUUACCUUUACCUUUACUGGAAUGGGCUCAAACUUCCCCAGGUCUUUCAUAGAGGGCAGAUUUUACCCACUGCCCAACAGCUGUGCGCAUUGUGGCUGGUUAAGGCUGGCAUUCUCAUUUUCUGUUACCUAAACCAUUUUAGCGGGAGAUGUCAGGGAUCUGGACUUGGGGGCUCCUGUGUACAAAGCACACAUUCUCCCACUGAGCCACAGCCUCCCAGCUGCAUUGGAUUUCAUUUGGUCCCAUAAAACUGAGCAGGAGCCGCUGAGAACCACCAUGUUAAAUGCAAAGUUUCUGGUGGCGUUUCAGUUUGGUAAGAAACUGAGCCCUGGAGCUGCCUCUUUUUACAUAAAGGAUGAAUAUGCAUACAUCCACAAGCCCCGUAUUAGCUGUACCUCUGGGAAUGUGGUAUGUAGGAUUUGGAUUAAUUUUCCCACCUGCAGAAUCCUGGAGCUUGUACUCGAGCAAAGAGUGCGUCCCUGUAGGAAAGAUUCAAUCUCGCAUUUCUUAUUAAACCCCCUCGCCAUGAAUAUUCAACCUGCCGCUGCUGCAAGUCUUCCCUUUCCCCCCCUCUUAAGGCGCUCUCUACUCUUGAGCAGUCUGUUGCGACUGCUACAGGGCAGGACGCAGCAAUUCCAUCAUUGCCGAGGCAUAAACUUGUCACUCAAGGCAGCCUUCCCCCCCCCCUGCGCCUUUCAUUGUGCACCUCAGGGGCAGAUGUGUGUAUGCUAAUCUGUAUCCUAUUGUACAAACACGCGAAAGGGGGUGCGCAUUGCCUCGCAGUGAUUAUGCACAGAUGCCUGCAUUUGUAUGCAUGCGAUUCAGACUUGCAGGUAAGUACAAACAUUCUCAAGUUGCCAAGGGAACAAAAAUUCAAAACGGUUACCUGCCUGUGUGUUGCAGGGCAAGCUUGGCAGCGGAUCCAUUCAGAUGCGUCUUCAGUUUGUACGCUGGCAGAAUUCAUGUCUGCUGGCAUCAGAUAGGAUUGUGACCUGUAGGUCAGAGUCAGACCUACAGGUGGGCAUGAGUGACCACAAGGUGGUUCUGGGGGUGAUGGAAGAAGCAAAGAUCAUUGGUGUCUAAGCAAUGAUUCUUCAACAACUUCAUUGGACUGGUCAUGUUGUGCAGAUGCCAGAUUUUCUUCUUCCAAAGCAACUACUCUAUUCCUAACUUAAAAAUGGAAAGCAUAAUGCUGGUGGUCAACGAAAGAGGUUUAAAGACUGUCUCAAGGCAAAUCUUAAAAAAAUGUAGUAUAAACACCGACAGCUGGGAAACACUGGCCUGUGAGUGCUCCACUUGGAGAACAGCCUUUCCCAAAGGUGUCCUGGGCUUUGAAGAUGCUCGAACUCAGGACAAAAGGGAGAAACGUGCUAAGAGGAAGGCACACUUGGCAAAUCCACACCAUGAUCAACUCCCGCCCGUAAACCUACGUCCCCACUGUGGAAGGACAUGUGGAUCCAGACAUGUGGAUCCUUACAGGGUCCUCGCCGCGGGAUCACAUUCACCCGGUGCUAUACCAGCUGCACUGGCUCCUGGUGGAGUACAGGAUCAGGUUUAAGGUGCUGGUUUUAACCUUUAAAGCCCUAUACGGCCUACGACCCUCGUACCUACGGGACCGCCUCUUCUGGUAUGUCCCACGGAGAAACUUACGGUCUUCAAAUAAAAACAUUUUGAAAGUCCCAGGCCACAGAGAGGUUAGGCUGGCCUCAACCAGAGCCAGGGCUUUUUCGGCUGUGGCCCUGAUCUGGUGGAACGUUCUUGUCACAAGAGACUAGGGCCCUGCGGGACUUGACAUCUUUCCGCAGGGCCUGCAAGACGGAACUGUUCCACCACGCCUUUGGCCAAGGCACAGUCUGACCCCCUCCUUUGGUAAUCCUCACAGAACUCUAGCCCAAUGGUUGCCAUUAAUUUGAUUUUGAAUGGAUUUUAGAAUGAAUUGAUUUUAGAAUGCUGUGUUACUUUUAUUGUUGUUAGCCACUCUGAGCCCGGCUUUGGCUGGGGAGGGCGGGAUAUAAAUAAAAUUUUAUCAUUAUUAUUUUAUUAGUAAUCACAUUUCUGAAGCAACUGAACCCAUGGGCUCCUGCAGCUUCUGCUAUGGCUGCAUCACCCUUGCCUUCUGUGGGUGACUUGGCACCCUGACAGCAGCCCCUAGUUGUCAGUUGCAGAUUGUCAACCCCGUGGUAAGUUUUAGGAGGCCUCUUGUUGUUGUUUAGUCGUGUCCGACUCUUCGUGACCCCAUGGACCAGAGCACGCCAGGCACUCCUGUCUUCCACUGCCUCCCGCAGUUUGGUCAGACUCAUGUUUGUAGCUUCAAGAACACUGUCCCACCAUCUCGCCCUCCGUCGUCCCCUUCUCCUUGUGCCCUCCAUCUUUCCCAACAUCAGGGUCUUUUCCAGGGAGUCUUCACUUCUCAUGAGGUGGCCAAAGUACUGGAGUCUCAGCUUCAGGAUCUGUCCUUCCAGUGAGCACUCAGGGCUGAUUUCCUUCAGAAUGGAGAGGUUGGAUCUUCUUGCAGUCCAUGGGACUCUCAAGAGUCUCCUCCAGCACCAUGAUUCAAAAGCAUCAAUUCUUCGGCGAUCAGCCUUCUUUAUGGUCCAGCUCUCACUUCCAUACAUCACUACUGGGAAAACCAUGGCUUUAACUAUACGGAUUUUUGUUGGUAAGGUGAUGUAACACUUAGGAGGCCUCAGUGUGGACCAAAUCUGCUUUGAAAAGGAGGUGGAAGUAUGUAGCCUAAACAGAAAGGUGAAGGAAAGCUCUUUUGCCCUGAAAUCUCAGUCCAGAUUUCUGUUUCCUUUUUUCCCCAUAAAAAGAAUUCUGUUUACGCGAUGGUGGCAAGAUGUCUUGUUUCUGUAGGCUGGGCGCCAAGGCGAGGAUAGAUGAGUGGGGGAACUGGCCUGCCUUAUUUCUUUGAGAAAGAUCUGCUGCCUAGCGCUGACCGCCCCCUCCGCCGCCACCACCUGCAAUAUUUAAGCUGACAGGAAAGAGCUUCCUACACUUUUCCUAACGCCUUCCAAAAACACAAAUUAAAUGCGGGUUUAAGGUGACUCUAUAAAUGCUGGCACGCCUGCAUGCCCCUGGAUGUUUUUAACUCCGCCGCCUGAAUCGGUGGGGCUCUCUGGGGAGGACUGGAGUGCUGGCAAGAACUCUGUAUGUUUAUCUUGCAGAUCCGUAUCAAAAGGAUUUAUUUUUCAGGAAUGUGCAUUUUGUAGCACUUUAAAGCUGGAAGGACUCCAAAGAGCUUUGCAGUCGGAACAAGCUGGUUCUCACAGUUUUCAGAGGGCCCUUUGCUUUAUCUGCGGCAUUUGCAUAUUGCCUUUGUUGGCACUGCCAGGUUGAGGGCUUCCAAGCUGCCUGGUGCUCUAACUGGGAUUGUUCAGGCCAGCAACCUCCCUGGCUGAGCUUUUGGAGGUGCCCUCCUGCCUCAGAAAUAAGAUCUCAGAAGAGAACAUCCAUCACAGUGGAAAGGAUGGCGGCAGACAUAGGGCUGGGCCAUAUCUGGUUUUCAGUAUCACGAUAUAUCGCCAGCUAAACAUUGCAAUAUCUCGAUAUAUCGCAAUGUCUGAAAUGAGGCUGGAGCUUAUAAUGACCUGGGGAAAUAUUGAAAGAAAUAAAAAUCUAAAUUUGAUGCGUAUGUGGUUGUUGUUGUUUAGUCGUGCCCGCCUCUUCGUGACCCCCUGGACCAGAGCACGCCAGGCCCUCCUGUCUUCCACUGCCUCCUGCAGUUUGGUCAAACUCAUGUUGGCAGCUUCGAGAACACUAUCCAACCAUCUCGUCCUCUGUCGUCCCCUUCUCCUUGUGCCCUCCAUCUUUCCCAACAUCAGGGUCUUUUCCAGGGAGUCUUCUCUUCUCAUUGAUGCGUAUAGUUAAAUGAAAAUUUACUCAGUUGAUAGCAUGCUUAACUAAACCAUUGAAUAAUAUAUUGCUGCCCUGUUAAGGGCUUUAUAUACCCAUGGUAACACCUUGAACAAAUUGGGGAACUGGUGUAGAUCAGUGUUAAAAAGUCAGGUAGACACUGAGGUCCUGCUCAGAGGGCCUUCUGGCGGUUCCCUCCCUGCUAGGAAUGUUAAUUUUUACCCAGUCACUUUUGGUAUUCUGCUGUUCCAUCAAAGAUGUAUGUUUUUCUGGAUUCCAUUUUGUUAUAAAUUGCUUAGAGAUCUAUGAUUUACAGCUGAUUCAUAAAUAUUUUCAGUAAGUUGAAUUUCAAGUGGUAUAUUUGGCCAUUGUUAAAUGCUUGGUAAUUGUAGAAUUGAACAAUUCAUAACUCCAGAACAAACUUCUGGCGUGGGUUAAGUUUACCUUGAGCUACUUGAUUUCUGCUUGAUUUUUCAAUAUUUCCUUGGAGCUGAAUCUCUCAGGUAAAAGCAAGGUUUCGUACAUGAGGGGAGAGACUAGUCCCAAAGCUAGUGGGGGUUCCCAGCACAGUUCUCUGAUUAUUAGGGUUUUCUUGGGGGGGCGGUUCUUAGCCUGCAGUUUUGGAGAGAGGCUGCAGAACACAUCGUUCAAAGCCUUCUACAUUUUGCACUGCUGAGUGAAUGCAUUUGAUACGUUCAGGUUCGUGCAAAUGGUACCCGUUCCACACAUUGAAAUGUAAUUUCAAUGCGCUAGAGGUUUGCUUUACUAUUGCUGUGGAAAUUGUUCGUGAUUAGAUGCUCUGCCACCAAGCAGAAAUUCUGUUUGAAGAUGCAGUACCAAAGCACCGCAGAAGCCCGUAAAACCUUAAAACAGCAGAGCUGUUGGUCCCUGAAUCUCUUGUGAAAAAGAUGUUUUUGUCCUGAAAACGACUGUUGUAUUUCUGUGGCGAAAUCUGUUUCAGCCUCCUUUCGUGCAAGUGCUUUGGCCUUGUGGCCUGGUUAAACUGCCAACAUGGAACAUUUCUUGCAAGUGACCUCCUUUGCAGCUGUUUGGAGUGUUAUAAGUUUUCCCUUAUGGGGUAUCCAAGAGCCUGUUUAGAGUCCUUAAGUUGGUUCCCUAUCGAAAGGAGAAAAUAACAGAGGCCAACCAGAGAAUAUUGAGAAGCAAGGCAGCUAGUAAGCCUGGUAUUUAUUAACUAAUGCAACAGGGCACUCACUGCCACACGCAAAAGGCAGGAGGGACCCCAAACAAUGGUGCGCAAGCCCUUAUAUAGACUUUUGAAGUUGCCUACCCUGUAGCCAGAGACCACCCCCCAAACAUCAUACAUACAUUACAGAAAGAGGCCGUCUACAGCAGAAAUCCUGUCUGCCAGGAUAACUGAUAAUGGUCGAUGGUUGCAUUACCUGCGCAGCCCGGCCAUUCUUUUGUGAUGGUAAAUACUUUAAUUCCUGAACCCAGGUCACAGGCUCACCCUAUUCAUACACACAUAUGCCCUCAGGACGGGUAAGCAAAAGACAAUGGAGAGGUUUCCCAUUUCCUUCCUCCUUCCAGAGGAAUAUUUGAGGUCACUAGGAGAGUCAAAAUGACUUCAGGAUUGCUCUCCUAUACCGUUUUAGACACGUGGUUUAUAUACUUACAUAUGUGUUUGCCUUGGGAUGGAGCUAUGUAGAGGCAUGUGGGACACGGGUGGCGCUGUGGGUUAAACCACAGAGCCUAGGGCUUGCCGAUCAGAAGGUCAGCAGUUCGAAUCCCCGUGACGGGGUGAGCUCCCGUUGCUCGGUCCCUGCUCCUGCCAACCUAGCAGUUCGAAAGCACGUCAAAGUGCAAGUAGAUAAAUAGGUACCGCUCUGGUGGGGAGGUAAACGGCGUUUCCGUGCGCUGCUCUGGUUCACCAGAAGCAGCUUAGUCAUGCUGGCCACAUGACCCGGAAGCUGUACGCCGGCUCCCUCGGCCAAUAAAACGAGAUGAGCACCGCAACCCCAGAGUCAGCCACGACUGGACCUAAUGGUCAGGGGUCCCUUUACCUUUACUAUGUGUUUGCCUUGCAAAUUUAUGAACACCUAUUUUAUAUUUGGGGCCUUAGAAUUCUUAUAACAGAAGGAACGGAGUUUGGGAACAGGGGGGCUUUGCUAGGCAGCUCCCCCCAAGCUGGCGAGCUGAGGGUGCUGCGGAGUUGGAAAUCUUCGCUUAUGCAGAUGAGAUGCGAGGGAGCCUUUGGAGAGGGUUUUGCUUUUGCAGGCGAGCUUGUUAAGAAGGUGAUUUUUCAAGAGCGGAAUGCUGACAAGGAGAGUGGGGCUUGAGUGCUUUAUAUUUGAGCCUGUCGACUUCCCCCCUCUUGCUUAAUGGCAUGUGGCACUCAGAGUGGCAGCUUUGAUCCUACCUGGUUUCAAAAGGCUUUGCAAAUGGUCACACAUUUGCGGCGGACGCGUCUUUCUUUUUCUGCUUGCAUCAGGGGGAUUUUCUCCUUGCUCUUGGAUGUACUGACAAAAUGAGCAGAGGACAAGACCAGGUGGCUGAAUUAGGAGCAAGCUGCUCAGUUCAGGGUCCAAACCGUACUCCUUGAGUUUCAUUUUGGUGGUGUGGUGUGUGUCUCUGGAUUUGUGGCUGAAGACGGGAGAUGGCAAACCUUCCACGCGAAAUAUCCAUAUUGAUUUUAAAUUAGAUUUUAUCACUUCUUUUAUUUCUUAGUAUUUUGCAUGUUGUUGCAAUACAGAUUUGAAUACUGUGGGAUCCAAAUUGCAAUGCAAUGAAAUGCAAUACAAAAGAAAUAAAAGAAACCAUAAAAAUACAAUUAAAUAUCUGCAGCAGGCAGAAAAAUCACCUGCCAAAGAUCCUCAGCAAUUUUCGGGUGGUCUGUGGAGGAAAAAGUUUGGGAGCCACUACAGCAUCUUAAAAAGCAGAGACAACACCUUGCCAACAAAGGUCUGUAUAGUUAAAGCUAUGGUUUUCCCAGUAGUGAUGUAUGGAAGUGAGAGCUGGACCAUAAAGAAGGCUGGUCGCCAAAGAAUGGAUGCUUUUGAAUUCUGGAGGAGACUCUUGAGAGUCCCAUGGACUGCAAGAAGAUCAAACCUAUCCAUUCUGAAGGAAAUCAGCCCUGAGUGCUCACUGGAAGGACAGAUCCUGAAGCUGAGGCUCCAAGACUUUGGCCACCUCAUGAGAAGAGAAGACUCCCUGGAAAAGACCCUGAUGUUGGGAAAGAUGGAGGGCACAAGGAGAAGGGGACGACAGAGGAUGAGAUGGUUGGACAGUGUUUUCGAAGCUACCAGCAUGAGUUUGACCAAACUGCAGGAGGCAGUGGAAGACAGGAGUGCCUGGCGUGCUCUGGUCCAGGGGGUCACAAAGAGUCGGACACGACUAAACAACAACAACAACCAUAAAAUGGCAGGUGCCAAGCGAUGCGCAUUGGGGUGAAAACUCCUUAGCUUCACACUACGUACUCAAGUCUGAGCUGACAGUGACUGCCCAGGAAUGAGAUUUUGGGUUCUUAGUGGGUGACUGAAUGAAAAGUCAACGCAGUGUGCAGCAGCGCUGUAAUGCAGUUCUUGGUAGCCACACCUCAGAAAAGGAUAUUGCAGAGCUGGAAAAGGUUAUAAGAAAGGGGCAACCAAAACGACCGAGGGGUUGGAACAACUAUGAGGAAGUGUUGUCCUGUUUUGGGUUUUCUUGUUUAAGAAAAAUGGUGAAUAAGCCAGGACACGAUAGAGCAGCAGAAAAUUAGGCAUCGUGUGGAGAAAGUGGAUCGAGAGAAGCUUCUCUGUGUUUCAUAAUAUUAGACUCUGGGGUCAUCCAAUGAAACUAAUUGCUAAAUUGUGGUCUUCUGACAUAAGGUUAAAGCUUCACAUUUAACUCUGGCGGCUGAAUUUGUGUAGGAGUUUUGAGUCAUUGGGAGCAGCCACAGUAAACAUCUCUUCACCCUUUUUUUGCCUGCUGUCUAAUUUUCUAGUAGUGGCGCUAUAUGUUUUUUUAAUCGGGGUACAUUUGAAAAAUAAAAAUGCUUCUGUUUCAACUGUUUCUCACAUGGGAGGGGGAAGAAGUAAUUUUCACCGCUAACGUGCCCUCUCUGACUCCCGUUUGAUGCCCCGUGUGGGUCAAAUCUUAGAGAUCAGUAUUACUAAGGCCUACAAUUAUGAAGGUGGGCUCUAGGUUGUGUAGGGAUGAAUUCAGAGUUUAAGGGGGUUACGGUGGCCUCUGCUGCCCACCAGCCAGGAAACCUGGGGCUAGUGGCCAUCUUCCUUCCCAGGAAGGGCAUCUCAAAAAAGAGGGAGACCAACUUGGCCUCAUCCGUUGGCCUGGGAUGGAGUAACUGCAGGGAUCUUGAUUUCUCCCAACCUUGCCAGGAUGAAUGCUCUGCGCCAACCCUCAGAGGUGGUCUCAGGCCACAGCCAUUGGCCAGGAGCUCUGUGUUAAGAUUCCUGCUCCGUGUUUGCAGUCAUGAGAUUGUUGUCUAUCACAUGGCGGUGUAUGUUUUCAUUCCACAGUGUGGGAAGUGAUGGAGACAGGAUGUUUAUGUUACUGUGUUCUGUGAGGCGGGACUAUAGUCCUUUGUUCUUUCUCUUUAUGCUGUCUGAUGAGAAAGGAGAAGGAGCUAAGGCAGAGUGUAUUAUAUGUAAAUAAAGUACAGUGGUGCCCCGCAAGACGAACGCCUCGCAAGACGAAAAACUCGCUAGACGAAAGAGUUUUCCGUUUUUUGAGUCGUUCCGCAAGACGAAUUUCCCUAUGGGCUUGCUUCGCAAGACGAAACGUCUUGCGAGUUCUUGCGAGUUUGUUUCCUUUUUCUUAAAGCCGCUAAGCUGCUAAGCCGUUAAUAGCCGCUAAGCCGUUAAUAGCCGCUAAGCCGCUAAUAGCCGCUAAGCCGUUAAUAGCCGUGCUUCGCAAGACGAAAAAACCGCAAGACGAAGAGACUCGCGGAACGGAUUAAUUUCGUCUUGCGAGGCACCACUGUACAUUAGCCAAAAUGCUGUGCUACUGAGUUCUGUUACUCAAACUGCGAAUACUCUGCGGAUCCCUGAGUGUGCAUCAGUCGCUAUGAUUUUCGGGCUGAAGAAAGCUUUUGAAGCUCCCGAACGACCGACCAGGAGGGAGGGAACAUGCCAGUCGGGCAUGUGUCUCUACCAGGGUCCUACACGAGAGUAGGACGAUCCUAACACUCUGUACCAUUUGCCUCCAGGGAGAACAUCAGGGCAAAGGGGAGACGAGCAGCCAGUGAAGGAGCAACCGAUGAAACACUUGCGUUUCUCUUCUCUCUCCUUUCCUUUUUCCUUUUGUGAGCCUGGGGGCAGGCCCUGUCUUAAAUACAUGUACAACACUUUCAAAGCAUUAGGCCGCUUACACGGGUUUCAAACAUGGACAACUCUCUGGUUAGCGUAGUAUUUUUGCAGUGGGAAGGAGGUUGACAGGCCCCCUUUGCUCUUCUCUUCCUCUUUGGCUCUUCCUUCUCUUUGGAGCAGACCCGCUGUGGAUUUCUUAUCAGCCUUGCCCUUCCUCUGCCUAUAACAUUGCUGGAAAGUGCCUGCCCUCCCUCCGUGUUGACUUUGCCUCAAGACCCUCUCUCUGAAUGGGCUUUUCCCAGUGCUUUUGUUCUAAAAAAUAUAUAAAUAGGUGCCCGUACUCACCAUGAAAUUGUCACAAUAAGUGCCACACUUUUUAACAAUAACAAAAAGAGGUGCGGGUAAUUCAUCCCCUUGAGUCCCUGCUGGGGGGAAAAGCACUGGCUUUGCCCGUCAUGGACUCUUCCCUAUCUCCCACUUCCCUGCCAGAGGUGAGCCUGCAGCCUGCAAGGAAGCACAUCCCGGAGACAAAAUAGCAGGACCAAAUAAUGCCCCCUAAAUUGAGCUGCUGUCCAACCCUGUGAGCUUGAGACCCUCCAUUAGCACAGACCCUCCCCUCUUUCCCCUGCUCUCGGUGGCUGAGCAUCUGAAACGGGAGAUCCCCAAAUCCUCUUUCUCGGGGCUCCUAGAUGAGCCGUAAUGAGUGAUUGUUCCACAAUGUUAACCUUGCUUUAAGUAACAGUGUCAAAACACUGUCUAAAUAUACUCCUUUCCAUCACUGCUGAGAACACCCACGGAGACACGGCGCUGACGGAAGGUUUUCCUAAUUUGGCAGAACCCUCAGAUGAAGUUGCUAACUAUGCUCCAGUCUGUCUGCAGCUCCACUCCCUUGCAUGAACAGCCGUGAACCCUCACAAGGGGGAGUGUUGACUCUCUCGGGCGCUGCUGCGAGAUGCAUCUUAGCUUCCAAAUUUAGAGGGCACCUCUCCUUUCCUUUUUUUGGAAACGGCUGCAUUAAAAAAAGUGGUAGAACUGGCCUCAUUUGCAUCCCAUCUUUAACUAUCCAUUUAAUGUUUGCUUAGCACUGACCUCCUCUGUUCGUCACCCGUCAAUCUCAGUGCGGCUUUUCUGCCCUCCUGGUGCUUAGCAGCCCCCUCCCAAGCAGGCAACAAAAAAACCAGGCUCCUUCCCGGAUGGGCUUUGCAUUCAUUUUGCUGCAUCCAGGGCUGGAAGCGGAACCCUGGUACUCUGCAUGCAACUGUCUCAUGUGGCGGUGAGUCACCUGGGCUUCAGGUUGGGACACCUCCCCGUGGGCAGGAAAGGCUUCCCAAGUUGCGGCCUGGCUUGGCAGGACUGCUCUUGCAGCAGGUGCUGGGGAAUCCUUGGCCCUCCCAGUGUUGCUGAAUUACAGCUCCUUAUCAUCUCUGGCCAUUGGCCACGGUUGCAAGGGCUGAUGGGAGUUGUAGUUCAGCCUAAAGUUCCCCACACCUGAUAUAGAAUGGAUUAGACUGAUGUACUGGUUAGGUUCCCAGUGGCUACUAGUCAUGACAGCAGCACUAAUCCAAUUACCAGUUGGUGGGAAAAGUCGUCUUGCGCUCGGAUCCUGCUCUGGGAUUUCCUGUAAGCAUUUGCUAUCUGUUUCUCCAGGGCAGGGCGGUCCAACUUUCCGUACCAAGUGGGCUGCAAGAAUUUGCAGAACCCACAGGCCACACACUGUGUUGUUUGGGGGUGGGGGUGGGAGAGAGCAUGGCCAAUAUUUGACACAUGCCCCUAGCGAUGCAUUCCCAAAGCAGGCUAAGUGAGGUGCUGGGCUUUGGGAAGGAGGCGCAAGGCUCUGGCAGGCUCCUAGAGCCCUCCCGUCUCCUUCCCAAAGCUGGGAAAGCUCUAACUAGGCUUUGGGAAGGAGGCGUCAGGACUCUCAGACCCUGUCAGAGACUCUAGGACCCUGCCAGAACCAUCCCACCUCCUUCCCAAAGCCUAGUUCCUCCCUUACCUGGCUUUGGGAAGGCAGCACAAAAGGCUGGGAAGGGCAUCAAAUGUUGCUGAGGGCCACCCCAAAAUUCGUCAAGUCCGCUCUGCUCAAGGGCAUAAGACUCAAACCAACAGGUUCAGAUGUCGGACUUGCGUUUGACUGAGCGACUCCUCCGGUCGAGUCCUUCGGAAUCACCUCCGACGAUAAUUAACGACCUUAGCCUUUGAUAAGCUUCCAGGCAUGUUCCCCAUCACGCAGAGUAUCAAAGCAGCAGAAGUGACGAGAUUUAUGAGCUACAUUGCAAAGACUUUAUUGCUAACUACGCAGACAGAAAAGAAAUCAUCCUCUCUCUGUGAAAGACAGAGAGCAACAGAAAAACAAAGGAAAACAAAGGAUACCAGUAACAUCACAUCCGUCUCCUGUCUUCCGUGAGACUUCCAACAGCCUGGAAUGUCUAUGGAAUGUAAACAGAGUCUGGUGACUCAAAGCACUGCACAGUGGCAACACACAGAAACCUAACAUUCUCCCCCUUUCUGUAAACACCACUGGGCAUGGGCAGUGUGUCAUGUACAAUCUCAAUACAAACCCAGUUUCUGUACAUAGGUACAGUGUUGAUCCUUUGGAACAACCUUGGACAAUAAAUCAGCAGGAAUUUCAUUACCUGGCAUGUAGGACACCGUUACGAGUCCUUUCUGAACACAUUCUCUAGCAUGUUGCAGCUUCAACUGCAAGUGCUUCGUGCUUUGCUUACAACCUUCAGAAGUCAGCAAAGCCAAACAUGCUUUGUUGUCCUGAUAAACCUGGAUUGGACAUUUGACAGGAAUUCUCAUGUCUUUACACAAUUGUAACAACCAUUUACAAUGAAAUAGACCGAUCCACCAGCAGUAGCUUUCUGCAGUGGUAUAUCUCUUGAAGCAGACCCUCAAAGUCAACUGCCUGUUGUUACCAAAAUGAGCGAGGGAAGACUCAAACUCUGGCCAGUGACCGUUUCCUCUGCUUGCGCCUCAACUUGUUAACGAGGAAACAGUGGCAGCCCCACGUUUCUGCUGCAGGUGCCCUCAUUUUUCAUCCGGAGAGGUCCGUGGCAUCCGCUCUCCUCCUGGCAGAAGCUAAGUGCAGCGCACAGAGCUGGUCUGUCAGAAAUUCCCCCGAGGGCACAGACACGCUCCCCUGUUUCCGGCAGCAAAUUAUAUUUGACAUUUAAUUCAAGACUUGAGUGUAAAACCUCCCAGUGGUAAUAGGUCUGAAUGGAAUAGGGCACGCAGUUGGCUGUAUAUAUUUUAGUUUUUCCUGCCACUGUUUGAUUUUUCCACGCACGCACAGUCACUCACAACUAGUCAGAGCCCAAAUUCCUUAAUGACAUAUGAAACAAUAGCUUGUGUAUUAAAUUAUUUCACGUAGUGCUGUUGACAUAUAGGUCUGUAGUACAAAGGGAACAUUCACUCACCUUAAUAGUAUUCUCUUCCCCAAACGCACUUUAUUAUCAACUGUUACCUGAAUCAGGCUAGUAAAUAAAGAUUUGUGUUGUUUUUGUGAGAAGCAUUGUGGUGUAGUGGUUAGAGACUGGGACCUGGGAGACCUGGGUUCAAAUCCUCGCUCAGCCAUGAAGUUCACUGGGUGACCCUGGGCCAGUCACUGCCUCUCAGCCUAACCUACCUCACAGGGUUGUUGUGGGGAUUAAAUGAGGAGGGGAUAAUAAUGUAUGGCGCCUUUAGCUCCUUGGAGGAAAAGUUGGGCUAUAAAUGCAGUAAAUCAAAUAAUAAAUGACACACAUUUUAAUUGGCCACUGGAUGCAAUGAAGGAGGAGCAAAAAAUAGAGCCAUUAAUGUCAAAAAAGAUCACUGCAGUGUUGGAAUUGAAAAUCUAAAAUUAAAUGGAAGUACCUGCAGUGGUGCCAAAUUUGUUGCUGUUGUUUAGUCGUGUCCGACUCUUCGUGCCCCAUGGGCCAGAGCACGCCAGGCACUCCUGUCUUCCACUGCCUCCCGCAGUUUGGUCAAACUCAUGCUGGUAGCUUCGAGAACACUGUCCAACCAUCUUGUCCUCUGUCGUCCCCUUCUCCUUGUGCCCUCCAUCUUUCCCAGCAUCAGGGUCUUUUCCAGGAGUCUUCUCUUCUCAUGAGGUGGCCAAAGUAUUGGAGCCUCAGCUUCAGGAUCUGUCCUUCCAGUGAACACUCAGGGCUGAUUUCCUUCAGAAUGGAUUGGUUUGAUCUUCUUGCAGUCCAUGGGACUCUCCAGAGUCUCCUCCAGCACCAUAAUUCAAAAGCAUCCAUUCUUCUGCGAUCAGCCUUCUUUAUGCUCCAGCUCUCACUUCCAUACAUCACUACUGGGAAAACCAUAGCUUUAACUAUACGGAUUUUUGUCAGCAAGGUGAUGCCUCUGCUUUUUAAGGUGCUGUCUAGGUUUGUCAUUGCUUUUCUCCCAAGAAGCAGGCAUCUUUUAAUUUUGUCACUGCUGUCACCAUCUGCAGUGAUUAUGGAGCCCAAGAAGGUAAAAUCUGUUACUGCCUCCAUUCUUCCCCUUCUAUUUGCCAGGAGGUGAUGGGACCAGUGGCCAUGAUCUUAGUUUUUUUGAUGUUGAGCUUCAGAUAAUAUUUUGUGCUCUCCUCUUUCACCCUCAUUAAGAGGUUGUUUAAUUCCUCCUCACUUUCUGCCAUCAAGAUUGUGUCAUCUGCAUAUCUCAGGUUGUUGAUAUUUCUUCCGGGAUUCAUCCAGUCCAGCCUUUCACGAUGUAUUCUGCAUAUAAGUUAAAUAAGCAGGGAGACAAUAUACAACCUUGUCGUACUCCUUUCCCAAUUCAGAACCAAUCAGUUGUAACUGUUGCUUCUCGUCCCACAUAGAGAUUUCUAUUGGCCCUCAAACAUUUUGGACGUGAAAAUCUUUCCUUCUGGGAAAAACAUUUCCAAAUCUUUGGGGAAAACAUUCCCAAAUCUUUAUUGCUUUCACUUUGGGGAAUGCUUUUCAUUGCUGCAUGCAGCCUAUUGGCUUGGUUUGCACAUUGCAGUGAGCCACACCAUUGCUUACUGUGACCAUGUGAACAUGCUGCCUCCCAGCAAGGAUCUCACAACCACGUUGCUCCUCCCUGGUCAUUCUAGGUCUUUGUGGGACGACAGCUAAGCAUAUCGCCCAAACUCAGGGUCGUAGUUAAGGUCUCUGCUCCUUAGUCACUACCUGUAACCAUAGGAUGAACCUUGGCUCCAGAUUGCGGUUGAGGAGGAGAGCAUAACCAUGGCUCUGGGUUCAAACAACCUUGGUUUAGCUGCUUGUGCCACACUGAUCCAAAAAGUCCAGUGAGGAGCAAAGAGGCUGCAGUCUCCUCCCUGGGAGCCAUUGAGGUGGCGCUAAGCCAUGUGACCCCUUAUUUCCAAGAUCAUCCAGUGCUUUCAAAUUGCAUUGUGGUUUUUUAAAAACAUUUUUUAAUGUUAUGAUCAACAUAAAUUACAAAGGGAAAUAAACAUACAUCCCCUUUCCGCCUCCACCCACUCAGUGACUUCCCUCAGCCUCCCCUUCUGUGUUUUUUAAAAAUAUUUUCUCAUUCUGCAUAUUUUAAUAUAUUUUAGAUUCAUACUCUUUUUACCUAAAUGCUCUAUUUUCUUUUAAAUUUGACAUCAAACCAUCAACAUCACAUAGUGUACUUGUUUGUUUUUAUAUCUUUCGAAUUGCAUUGUUUUUCUUACUGCAUCCUCACAACCAAUAGGGUGGGCAGCAUAGCGACUGCCAUGACGUCAUGAAGCCAGAGCCAAUCAGAUUUUGUCUCUGCAGUGACGCAUGUGAGAGCAAGAGAAAAUGCGUUGUCCGCCCUCUGAAGCCUUGACCCUUCACUCCAGAACAACAGGGCGUAUUGGCUGCACAAAGCCAUGUGAUGGAAUUUAACGAAACAAAGGUUUUAGCCAUUCCCAGGGCUUCUCAGCUGCCCAGAAUGGCUGCAGGGGAUUGUUUCUGCCAAGUCUGCUUGCGCGUUCCGAUGUGGCAACGAGCGAGCCAGUUUCACCCAAGGGCGAGGCUGCUCAAAGUGAAAUGUGAGGGUACCUCCUACCUCUUUGAAGCAUAUUGUUGUGCUGUGGGCUGCUGUCACAGCAGCGCAUGCCCCAGAGCAAGAGAUGUUGUAAGCAAGGGGGUCUUUCGCUCUACAGCAUCAUUUUUAUAUUUUGCUGACUCCGGGAACAAUGGGUGUUUUUGAAGCGCACUGACGGCUCUUGAAGGCUUUGGCCUUGCGAUGAACUUUCUGUCUUUUCACCCUUCCAGCAGAAUUCAAGCUCUGUGACCUCUUUUAAGGGACUGGGAUCAGCUGACUGUUCCCGUCGUACCUCUAGGUCACUACCUCUAGCUAAGUACUGUGAACCCCCUGUUUUUCAAAAGCCAGGGCAUGGACCCCCGACUUUUGACAUUUUUGAUAUACAGUUCGUAUAGUUAAAGCCAUGGUUUUCCCAGUAGUGAUGUAUGGAAGUGACAGCUGGAGCAUAAAGAAGGCUGAUCACCGAAGAAUUGAUGCUUUUGAAUUAUGGUGCUGGAGGAGACUCUUGAGAGUCCCAUGGACUGCAAGAAGAUCCAACCUAUCCGUUCUUAAGGAAAUCAGCCCUGAGUGCUCACUGGAAGGACAGAUCGUGAAGCUGAGGCUCCAAUACUUUGGCUACCUCCUGAGAAGAGAAGACUCCCUGGAAAAGACCCUGAUGUUGGGAAAGAUGGAGGGCACAAGGAGAAGGGGACGACAGAGGACGAGAUGGUGGGACAGUGUUCUCGAAGCUACCAGCAUGAGUUUGACCAAACUGCGGGAGGCAGUGGAAGACAGGAGUGCCUGGUGUGCUCUGGUCCAGGGGGUCACGAAGAGUCGGACACAGCCAAACGACUAAACAACAACAAGCUUUUGUUUCCUGAAUGGUGCCACGGACUCCCUGCGUGGAUUACAAGGACCUCCUGGGGUCUGCGGACCACCAACUGGGAACCUCUGCUCUCAGCUGACUGCUGUUAUUGGUUUCCAGUACAUCCAAAUGGCUAGGGAAGAGAGUGGGUGGGUGUUUGUGUUUUUCCAUGGCCACGUCUCUGAGUCGUUGUCUUGAAUCAACAAUGGUUGUCUGUUCCUUGUCAAAGAGACUUGGGCAUGGUGGAGUUCGUAGCCCCAAGGCAGGUUCCUACAUGAGCCUUCCAAGCAUAAUUUUAUUUGUGCGUCCUUUUCUCCACAUGCAGGGUUCCAGCACAUGGGGAGACACAAGACCCAGGUGGCAAAUUUCCCCUCUGCCGACGUGCCUCCCAUUUUUUUCUUUCCUGUUAGAAUUAUUUGUGAUUGUGCCUUCGAUAUCUCGCUUUUAAGAAACUCCCACCCACCACGUACAACCCUCACUCGGAGUAUUUCUGACCAUGGGAUAUAAUAAUACAGUGGACGCUCGGGUUGGAAACGUGAUCUGUGCAUGAUGCACAGUCGCAACCUGCAGCAGCGCACUUGCGCAUGCUCGUGUUGCGAUUCGGCGCUUCUACGCAAAGUGUGAUUUAGUGCUUCUGCGCAUGCGCAACCGCCGAAACAUGGAAGUAACCUGUUCCGGUACUUCCGGGUUUCGGCGGUCUGUAACCCAAAAAAACAGAACCUGAGGCGUCUGUAACCCAAGGUAUGACUGUAAUUAUUAUUAUUAUUAUUAUUAUUAUUAUUAUUAUUAUUAUUUAUACCCCGCCCAUCUGGCUGGGUUUCCCUAGCCACUCUGGGCGGCUUCCAACAAAAGAUUCAAAACAUUGAAACAUUACAUUGAAACAUCAGUCAUUAAAAACUUCCCUAAACAGGAUGUCACCCAGUAGUUUCUUAACGCUUUUUGAAAUCAGCUUUGCUGAAGUCCAGAGUGUGCGUCUGACUGCAUUCAGCUUUCCUUUUCCUCUGUAUAAUGAAUCCCAAGAGGAACGUGGUCACUUCCUUCCAAGGCCCCCACUGCUUCCACCUCAUCCAUCAACAACACACACUUGAGUUUUUUGGGAGGAUGGGCUGGGCAGGAGGCACAUCAGGUACUACAGAAAGAUCUCAUGGUGACUGGCAGCAGCUUAGUAAGGGCAUCGGUCUCCCAGUUGUGUAACAUUUGGCAACAUCAACAAAAAGCCCCCCCCUCCAAAAAUGCAAGAAGGGCUUUUACACUUGCCAGAAGCUCGGCUCUGCCCUCGUCGGUCUUGGAAGGAUCCUUUAAAAAACUCCCAUAGGACCAGAGAAUUUGCGCCUGUCCAUUGGGGGAUAUUUGUUGUUGUUUAGUCGUUUAGUCGUGUCCGACUCUUCGUGACCCCAUGGACCAGAGCACGCCAGGCACUCCUGUCUUCCACUGCCUCCCGCAGUUUGGUCAGACUCAUGCUGGUAGCUUCGAGAACACUGUCCCACCAUCUCGUCCUCUGUCGUCCCCUUCUCCUUGUGCCCUCCAUCUUUCCCAACAUCAGGGUCUUUUCCAGGGUGUCUUCUCUUCUCAUGAGGUGGCCCAAGUAUUGGAGCCUCAGCUUCAGGAUCUGUCCUUCCAGUGAGCACUCAGGGCUGAUUUCCUUCAGAAUGGAUAGGUUUGAUCUUCUUGCAGUCCGUGGGACUCUCCAGAGUCUCCUCCAACACCAGAAUUCAAAAGCAUCAAUUUUUCGGCAAUCAGCCUUCUUUAUGGUCCAGCUCUCACUUCCCUACAUCACUACUGGGAAAACCAUAGCUUUAACUAUAUGGACCUUUGUCAGCAAGGUGAUGUCUCUGUUUUUUAAGAUGCUGUCUAGGUUUGUCAGGUCUUGAUCUACAGGGUGGCAAUUUCAAAAGUCUAUAUAAGGGCUUGCACACCAUUGUUCUGGGUUCCUCCUCCCUCCUGCGUGUGGUGAGUGAGGACCCUGUUGCAACAGAUCCAUAAAGAUCAGACUUACUAGCUGCUUUGCUUCUCAAUAUUCUCUGGUUGGCCUCUGUUAUUUUCUCCUACCAAUAGGGAACCUACGUAAGGACUCUAUAUGGGCUCUUGGAUACCCCAUAAGGGGAAAACGGCAGAUUUUUGUUUACAACAGUUUCAAGUGGCAAUAUAAGAAGACCCCUGGGACAGUUCCCUGAUAUUUAUAAACCAGAUAAAAAGAAAAGACAAAGGACAUGUCACUACUUCCCAAUAGCAAUCAUCAUCAUCAUCCUAGGAAAUGUGAAUGGAGUCACCAAAUUUUGUAUCUUGUAUGUUCAAUUUUAGUUUUCAUGGAGUAUUGUUUCCUUUUUAUUUGUUUCCUUCAAUGCGUUAUUGAUUUGUAGGUUUUUGAGUAAACAAAUAGAAAGAAAGAUUAUUUUAAAUACCAGUAUUCUCGCCCCAACCCUCUAACACACUGGCCCCAGAUUCCUUAUAAGGAAUCGCAGAGAUUAAAUAGCUCCUGCUUUCAAUUAAUGAGUUCUGGGUUAUGGCGUCCAUUAAUCCGCUUCUCCAGAGAGGUUGCCCCUUCCAGUUGCACAAGGAAGGAAUCCGCUCUCUCUUUCCUCAAGAGGCAGCAUUCGAAUUUCGGUCUCCUGCACGUUUACAGGAAAAACAGCAGGAGAAUCAAUGUGACCGUUUGAGCUGCUUCCUUAGACUAUAUUGAUCCGCAGGGUGUUUGCAUCUUAAAUAUCUCCAAAUAAAUAUUCUCUCAUUAUGCAGAAAUCUAUAUAUGUGUACAGCUGCAUUAUUCUUGCUGCUAUCAUUAUUAUUGAUUACCAUCAAAGUUGCAUGGAACUAGGAUUUAAAAGCUGCCAUAAUGCACCGUGAAGUCUGGACAGCUUAAUAUUUAAGAUCCGGGAAAUGAAAAUGCUGGCGUUCUACGUAUAAUCUUUAAUUAUUCCCUCUUGGUGAUUUGAAAUGCAUAACUGCACUGUGACUUGUUUCCUUGUCAUAGGCGGACUUCAGAUGCCAGUAAUUCACAUAUGUUGUGUAAUUCUUUAUCUCCUUGACAUCUGAUGGGAGGGUGUUCCACAGGGAGGGAGCCACCACCGAGAAGGCCCUCUGCCUUGCUCCCUGUUUCUGUUUUACCCUGUCAAUUGGCAGUUAAGAUAUUUUGUUUAGUGGCUCCCACCUCUUUUGCUGGGUAAGUAUUCUGUUCUGGUUGAAACUGCUUGUUGUUUUUUAAAUAACCGUAACCGUUUGAUAUGUAUAUUACGUUGCUGUAAGCCAACAGUUCUCAAACUUCCUUCUCUGGGCCACGCUUUUCAGGAGAAACAUUUGCUUGCACUGCACCGAUAUUGAUAAGAAAUACGCUGGAAAGCAAAAUGAAACAACAACUACCAGCGCUUGAUUGAUAACAGAGAACACUAUCCAUAUUCUGCAAAUAUUUUUAUUUUCUUAAAAAAGUUUAAGUGUUUCUUUGAUUGUCCUUGAAUCUUCCUCUCACACCUUUUGAGCAUCACUGCUGUAAGGUGUCCCGGGGAAGGCGGGUGAGAAACCUUGCAAACUAAUAAUACGCAAAUUCGUUAAAAUGGAAGCGCUGCUCCCUGCACAUUGGUGAGUGCUGGUGCAUUUUGUAAAGCAAGUAGUGGGAGCCCGAGUGGUGGAAUUUUUGUGUGCGAAAAAGCCAGGUGCAGUGGCGUCGCAACGGGGGGGGCAGUGCGCUCCGGGUACCAUGUCUGGGGGGAGGGGUGACAAGAAGGCACCCCACGGGAGCUCCAGCAGCCAUCGCGCCACUGCAGCUGCAUGUGGAGGAUCCUCUGUUUGCGGCUGCAGCCGCGAGCAGAGGAUCCCAGCGGCAAACCAUUAUGUGCAGCGCAUGUGCGGCGUCACACACAUGUGCUGUCACGGCUAAAAUUUGGCCGCUGUUUCUUUAAUGCUAAAAGAACUACAAUGACUCAUGCAACCUUUCACCAAAUUACACCUUAUAUACAGAGUGGUCAAUGUUAGUGUUUGGUGUAGGUUGGUUGGAUUGUAGAAAGCUGGUUCCGUUCGGUGUGUGUAAAAGCUGUCGGUCAUGGUUGGAGAAGAAGACUUUUCAAGAAUAAAAGCAGCAAUACUCUGCAAGAAUACUCUAUCUCAAAGACUCUUUUGUGCCAACUAAGGUCUGAGGACUAGGCAAAGGAGUAAAAAGGAGGUCAGAACCUUUUCUUUUUCAAACACUGACAUGCGCUGCACGUAACGAUGCCGCACAUGCGCUGUACAUAGUUGUUUGCCACCCGCACCGCUCGAGCGCCAUACGGACGGCAGUGGGAUCCCUCUGUCGCCACUACAGCCGCAUGUAGAGGAUCCUCCGUUCGCAGCUACAGCCGCGAGCAGAGGAUCCUGGCACCGUCCGUAUGACGCUGGAGGAUCGCCGUCGGCAAACCGUACAGCGCAUGUGCAGCGUCACUAUGUACGGUGCAUGCGUCAUAUGUAGCGAUGCCGCACAUGCGUCCUACGUAGCGAUUCCCCGUCCCAGGUGUCAUGAUGCAUUCGUUUGCCGCUGGCCAGGUGACCUGGGCUCUUCCUGCUGUGCGCUGCUGGGAUGUUGCAAAGGCAGGGGAAGGAGCCCGGGGGCAUCAUGCGCCCCUUUCAGUGCGCUGCUCGCUGCAUCAUCCGCGAUGCCCACCACACACCUCCUCCAUUCACCCUAGCCAGCUGCCUUCUUCGCUUGCCUUGGAUAUUCCUUCUGCUUUUGAUGGAUCUUUCUUGGAACAUUCUAAAUGCCUGCUUGUCAAAUGUUCCAUAUUUUUUUCUCUCUCUCUCCCACUAUUGACAGGGGAAAGUACUAAUGUUGGCUUAAUGCGGGGAUUUAAUCAUGCCAGCUGUCACCUGGUUCCUUCCGACAAAUAUUUUCCACCGCUAAUGGUUUCAGCGCCAGAUUUUAUUUUUUUGUUAAUGCGAUCCAAAUGUAAUCUUAUUUAAUAGCAUUUCACCGCCAUAAUGCUGUACGCUUGUUUAAAGACUUUGCUUGCUAAUAUGAAAAACGUAGGCAUGGGGGGGAGGGCGGUAAAGGGAGCUCCUGCAUUUUGGAAUGGGAAAUGGACAUCUUAAGAGCCGUGAUUUGGAAACUUGUAUCCAGGGGCCAAAUGUGGACUGCCCCAAUUAAUCAUCGUUUUAUUUGUAAGCUGCCUUUCCAUAGUUCACAGCCAUGCGCAAGGCGGUACUCCAACAUGAAAAUAUUUACUUAAUUACAACAAGUGGUCAUGAACAAUAAAUAAAAGACAUCAAAAAAGUGUGCAACCAAAUUGAAUGAUUUCCAGAUAAACAAUGUUGUUGUUGUUGUUGUUUAGUCAUUUAGUCGUGUCCGACUCUUCGUGACCCCCUGGAGCAGAGCACGCCAGGCACUCCUGUCUUCCACUGCCUCCCGCAGUUGGAUCAAACUCAUGCUGGUAGCUUCGAGAACACUGUCCCACCAUCUCGUCCUCCGUCAUCCCCUUCUCCUUGGGCCCUCCAUCUUUCCCAACAUCAGGGUCUUUUCCAGGGAGUCUUCUCUUCUCAUGAGGUGGCCAAAGUACUGGAGCCUCAGCUUCAGGAUCUGUCCUUCCAGUGAGCACUCAGGGCUGAUUUCCUUCAGAAUGGAGAGGUUUGAUCUUCUUGCAGUCCAUGGGACUCUCAAGAGUCUCCUCCAGCACCAGAAUUCAAAAGCAUCAAUUCUUCGGCGAUCAGCCUUCUUUAUGGUCAGCUCUCACUUCCAUACAUCACUACUGGGAAAACCAUAGCUUGAACUAUAUGGACCUUUGUCGGCAAGGUGAUGUCUCUGCUUUUUAAGAUGCUAUUGAGGUUUGUCAUUGCUUUUCUCCCAAGAAGCAGGCGUCUUUUAAUUUCGUGGCUGCUGUCCCCAUCUGCAGUGAUCAUGGAGCCCAAGAAAGUAAAAUCUCUCACUGCCUCCAUUUCUUCCCCUUCUAUUUGCCAGGAGGUGAUGGGCCCAGUGGCCAUGAUCUUCGUUUUUUUGAUGUUGAGCUUCAGACCAUAUUUUGCAUUCUCCUCUUUCACCCUCAUUAAAAGGUUCUUUAAUUCCUCCUCACUUUGAUUGGCUGGUAGGUGUGGUAAACCAGUUGACGACUGUUAACGAUUGCAGUUGGUCUUACAGGAAAAAGCAAGGGAUGAGAUGGCCAAAAAUAACUUUUUCAUGUAUAAUGAGAUAAGAAUCCAAUGUCUCUAUUCAGACCAGGUCUCUCCAUGGUUUUAAGUUUGGUAAUAAGUUGUAAUUCAGCAACUUCUCUUUCCUGUCUAUUUCUGAAAUUCUUUUGUAAUAUGACAGCUUCUUUGAGAUCUUGCAUAGAAUGUCCUGGGAGAUUGAAGUGUUCUUGUACUGGUUUCUCUGUCUUGUGAUUCCUGAUGUCAGAUUUAUGUCCAUUUAUCGUUUGGGUGGUUGUUUCUCAUUCAUGCUGCAAUCAAGCACUCAGUCAAAGUAACAAUAUACCCACCAAAACCCACCAAAAAUGAUUGAAUAUUUACAUCCUGCCAAGUUGACACGGAGAAUUAGAUGAAAUACUAUACAAAAAGUAAAUAAUGAAUGGAUAAUCUUAAAUGAAUACCCAUAAGAAUUAUACGUACAAGACAAAUCUCCUGACAGAUACAGAAUGAAUCUAGAAAAUAGAGGAAUAUAUAGUCAAAUCUGUGUAGAGAAAAAAAUUGGAGACCAAAAUAACAAAAAUGAAAUGCGUAUAGACCACCAAAUUGUAAAAUAGCACAAUGAGAAUAUAGUAGUACCUCGGGUUACAGACGCUUCAGGUUACAGAUGCUUCAGGUUACAGACUCCGCUAACCCAGAAAUAUUACCUCGGGUUAAGAACUUUGCUUCAGCAUGAGAACAGAAAUCGUAUGGUGGCAGCAUGGCGGCAGCGGGAGGCCCCAUUAGCUAAAGUGGUACCUCAGGUUAAGAACAGUUUCAGGUUAAGAACGGACCUCCAGAAUGAAUUAUGUUCUUAACCCGAGGUACCACUGUAUCUGAAAGUCAAACACUUGGAUGUAUUUACGUUGGGUAGGUAGGUAGGUAAUGUAUGUAUUGUAUGUAAUGUGUUGUAUUGUCUAAUUUUAAGUUUAAUAACAAUAAUAAUAAAUCAAGCACUCAGUCCCCUACCUAUAGCUGGACAUAGUUCCGUUAAGCAGUCCUAAGUCCAAGGGCUCGAGGGGACCCAAGUCAUAGGUGGCUGAAGGUGGACUCUCCACCUGUCUAUCGGACAUCAGCAUCUUUGGGGGAGGGUAGCUUAGAGCAGGCAAGUUGCAUGGGAGGGCAGUUAACACCCCCCCCCAUGGAGUCUGUGCUCCAAAUCAUUCUCUCCAGAUUCGCUUCUCCCAGGCUGCUGUUAUCCACAUCAUAGCUGUCAGGUUUUCCCUUUUCUUGCAAGGAAUCCUAUUUGGAAUAAGGGAAUUUCCCUUUAAAAAAGGGAAGCAUUGUCAGAUAUGAUCCACAUACAUGUGUAAUGUCCUGUUAGGGGGCUCUGUGUCUCCAUGCUUGUGUGAUACCUUAGGAGAUCUCUGGAACAGGGAACCCCCCUCCCUGUUACGUCCACUGCAAGAUCUCACCCAGCAUGAGUUCUUUUUAAAAAAUUUUACUUCUGUUCCUUAGGUGGUGCGCACAGAGAAGAACAGUCUGAACAACCGCUUCCUGCCCUGGGAUGAGAUUGAGACGGAGGCCAUCCUGUCCAUCGACGACGACGCCCACCUGCGCCACGACGAGAUCAUGUUUGGAUUCCGGUGAGCCAAAAACUUUGCUCUUUAACAGGCAAGGGACGGAUCCUGCCAAGAGGCCCAACAGCCUCUCCCCUUUCUUCCCAUUCCAUCAGGGCCAUUCACUGUUGCCUCUCUCCGUCAAGCCCAAUUCAGCUAACCCAGCGAUUCCCGAACAUUUCCGGCUCCCCGCCACCUUGGUUCCAUUAUCUCGUUCUCAAUGCCUCCCCUCUAGAAAAGCAUUAUUCAGAGCAGUGGUUUGCACAGCACACAAAGAAAGAUGAUGCAAUAAAAUUCAAAACAGUAACAACCGGUUGCACCUUCAUUCAAAAUCAGGCAUAGGCAAACUCGGCCCUCCAGAUGUUUUGGGACUACAACUCCCAUCAUCCCUGACCACUGGUCCUGUUAGCUAGGGGUAAUGGGAGUUGUAGUCCCAAAACAUCUGGAGGGCCGAGUUUGCCUAUGCCUGUUCAAAAUCCUAUUACAAAUGUUUAGUUGAAAUAAAACUGAUGAAUUUGAUCCAGUGAUACAGCUUUUCAAAGCCUAAAAGCCAUUUAUACCUCUAAUGUCCCUCUGCUGCCCUCUUAGUGCGCCCCUGGAAAUGCCCCCCCCCCCCCAGGACGUACCACCCAUUUUAGCAACCACUGAGUAUUUUGCGGCCAAAAAGCACCAAACAGGACGCGGGUGGCGCUGUGGGUUAAACCACAGAGUCUAGGACUUGUCGAUCAGAAGGUCUGCGGUUUGAAUCCCUGCGACGGGGUGAGCUCCCGUUGCUCGGUCCCUGCUCCUGCCAACCUAGCAGUUCGAAAGCACGUCAAAGUGCAAGUAGAUAAAUAGGUACCGCUCCAGUGGGAAGGUAAACGGCGUUUACGUGCGCUGCUCUGGUUCGCCAGAAGCAGCUUAGUCCUGCUGGCCACAUGACCCGGAAGCUGUACGCCGGCUCCCUCAGCCAAUAAAGUGAGAUGAGUGCCGCAACCCCAGUGUCGGUCACGACUGGACCUAACGGUCAGGGGUCCCUUUACCUUUUAAGCACCAAACAAGGCUGGUUUUCUUCCCUUCCACUUGCAUAAUUACGCUGUCCGUUCUGCUUUGAGUCCUAACUUAUACUUCCCUCUCGAUUUGCAUGUGAGAGAGACUGUUUUUGAGCAUUGGACCAAAGGGUCUCUGUCCUUUCCUCCUCCUUUCCCGAGGAGUUCUGCUCUCCUGCGUGCCCCCCAGCAAGGGAAACUGCAUCUUGUUCAUAAAUCUUACUCUCCCUAUCUGCACGAGGGGAUAUCUACAGGAAAAAUUAGCUGCGGGGUCUUAUUUCUCUGCAUUUGCUCUAAAUUCCCACCGCAUGCAGAUGUUUGGCUGCAACAAAUCCUUAUUUUUAGCAAUGUGCCUCUAUUUAUAGUCACCAGUGCAAGAGGGACUGCUCCUUGCUGGCACGACGUGAGGAGUCGUGGGAGUGUUUUUGUAGGAAGGGGAAUAAGCCCCAACCACGUUUAUGAAGCUGGCAUUGUGGCAGGAAUUGGUGGGAAGAGACAUGGAGAGAUGGCAGGAUUUGCUUUUCCCUCUAUAAAUCUUGUUUUUAAGUGGAUGAGGAGAGGCCUGUAUAGCCAUUUAUGGCCCCGGUUAGAUGAUCAACGUGGACCUCACUCAAGAUAUGGGCUUCACGUCAGAUAAUCAUCUAAGCUUGCAGGGUGUGUGUGCAUAGAAUUCUAGAAUUGUAGAGUUGGAAGGGACCAAAAGAGUCAUUUAGUCAAGGGGUCGGCAACGUUUUUUGAGGCUGGUCCGGCCCACUCCCCGGCAGACCUCUCGGUGGACCGGAGCGUGGGCGCCGGAGUGUGCACUCAAGCUAUUUCCUGCGCUCUUCUAGCUGCCGUGUUCUGGAUUAGUUAGUUUUUGGGUCACCUUCAAAGCUCGCCCCACGUACAGCGCAUUGCAGUAGUCCAAGCGGGAGAUACAUAGACCAUGUGCACCACGUUGAGCUUCUUAGAGUGUAAAAUGUAAGGCCAUAGGAGGUAAAAUAGUAGCAGGAGCAUUUUGUGAGAUGUGCGGCUCUGUAAGCUAAAGCUCUGGUUUUCUGCCCCGAAAUCCAAGUGGCUAUGAUUCGCAGUCUUGCCCUCGCCCUACCAGUAACUUUAGGAAGGACGAGCUGUUUAUAUUAUCAUUGCAAUAAACAGAAGAGAAACAAAAUGUGCGUGUGUUUGCUGAAGAAAAGGGCAGAAACCAAGAAAAAGCUGAAUGUUAAAAGUCUAAAAGAAAGUGUGUGAGGGGGGAGUCCUCUGGGCUUUGCAUUACAGUCAGCCUCUGUUCUUAGUGUUGCCCAUUUUCUUUGCUGAAUAUUUGCCGCCCAGCUUAACAGCGAACGCCCUGUCAUGUCUGCCUAAAACGAUGUGUGAAUAAGCUGCCGUUGGCUUAGUGAAAGGGCCGCUUGUGUGGGCUGAGCCGCGCUCUUUGUCCCCAGUCUGUCCGCCUUGUUCCAUCUCUUCCCUUCCCACUUUGCAUCUUCAGGGUCUGGAGAGAAGCCAGGGACCGCAUUGUCGGCUUCCCUGGGCGCUACCACGCAUGGGACAUCCCUCACCAAUCCUGGCUGUACAACUCCAACUACUCCUGUGAGCUCUCCAUGGUGCUGACGGGCGCUGCCUUCUUCCACAAGGUAAGGGAGGGGGACCCCAGUCGCUGGGAGUGGCUCUCAGCUCACAUAUUUUUAUAAGAAGGGGAGUUGCAAAAAAACAACACCACCCCAACUCUCAUGUUCCCCUCCCCUUGUGGAGCUUCCUUUGCCAACCUGCCUGUUCCUGGUGGGCAGAGGGGUCUGUUAUUCUCACAGGCCACAUCCACAGAAGCCGGGAGCCAAACUCAAGCUGUCCCGUCCUUCCACCUGUUCGGGGAGGAUGGAGAAAACAGAACAGGGCUGAGAUACUGUCCUCUUGGGCGAAGUAGAGGGAAGGGGUGCAGAAACCCGUGACCUAGUGGUUGGAACCAAUAUCGGGCUGGCUUUUCAGUGCAAAUGGACUUGCCUAGGUGGGCAGUUAGAGAGCCAGCGAAGGAGCUAAGCGCUGUUCCUCCUCCCCUUGUCUGGAAGGAGUUUGGACCUAGAAUGGGGCACAGAUGGUGUUGGACUCCAACUCCCAUCAUCCUCAGCCAGCAUGGCCAAUAUCCGGGGAUGAUGGGAGUUGGAGUGCAGGAACAUUUGGAGUUCCACCGGAUCCCCGUCCCUGGCCAAGAUCCAAUGUGGUUCUUCUGAGGCAGAGAAGCAGAGGUGAAAAUGAAAUUGAACAAGCCAUGGUGUUAUAUUGGGUCCAUUUCACCUGCACAAGACUCUUCUCUUUCCCCCAAAGUGUGUAUAUUUGGACUCAGCUAUGGUAAAUCAGAAGGGACACGGGUGGCGCUGUGGGUUCAACCACAGAGUCUAGGGCUUGCCGAUCAGAAAGUCGGCGGUUCGAAUCCCCGCGACGGGGUGAGCUCCCGUUGCUCGGUCCCUGCUCCUGCCCACCUAGCAGUUCGAAAGCACGUCAAAGUGCAAGUAGAUAAAUAGGUACCACUCCAGCAGGAAGGUAAAUGGCAUUUCCAUGUGCUGCUCUGGUUCGCCAGAAGUGGCUUAGUCAUGCUGGCCACAUGACCCAGAAGUUGUACGCUGGCUCCCUCGGCCAAUAAAGCGAGAUGAGUGCCACAACCCCAGAGUCGGCCACGACUGGGCCUAAUGGUCAGGGGUCCCUUUACCUUUACUAUGGUAAAUCAGUGGCAUUUGUGUGGGGGGGCCAUUGUGUCUUGGCCAUUUUCUGAUGUUUUCCCAUUCUCCUUCCCUCCCUCUCUCCCUCUCUCCCUUUCACCUGAAGUACUAUGCCUACCUGUAUUCCUACGUGAUGCCCCAGGCCAUCCGAGACAUGGUAGAUGAAUACAUCAACUGUGAGGAUAUCGCUAUGAACUUCCUGGUCUCUCAUAUCACCAGGAAGCCACCAAUCAAGGUAAGCGCUUGGCAGAGGACUUGAGAGGACUGAUUCCUCUUUCCUUUUUUUGCUAGGGCAAAAUGAUCUCUCAUUCCUGAGCUACUAGGGCAGGCACCCCCAAACUCGGCCCUCCAGAUGUUUUGGGACUACAAUUCCCAUCAUCCCUGACCACUGGUCCUGUUAGCUAGGAAUGAUAUGAGUUGUAGUCCCAAAACAUCUGGAGGGCCGAGUUUGGGGGUGCCUGUACUAGGGCGUGCCUCUGAACAGUGGUGUGGAAAAGAGGGUUGCAACAUUUAAUCAAUUAAACUGUUAGGUCAAGUGGAAAAAACUUCCCAUCAAGUAAAAAGCUUCCCCUAUGUAUAAACACACACACAUACACCCAAGCUCAUGCACAAAUUGUUUUCAUUGCUGUUUUCUCUUUCCUUUUGGGUUUGAUACAAUAUGAUCUAGACCAGGCCUGUCAAAUUGGCCCUGGGAUGUGGGAGAAAGAAAUGAUGGGAGUUGUAGUUCAACAACAUCUGGGGACCCACAGGUUGAGAAAGGGGGAAGGUCUCCAUUCAGAGACCUUUGGCGAGGGAAGCUCAUUCGGUUGUCAGAGCUAAACAUCCUCGGCUUUUGCCUUUGAAGGUAAAGGCAACGCCCAGGGGGUGCUUUGAAAAUUUGGAAGCAUUCUACAACAUGCAAGGUGGUGGUGUUCCCCAUGCAAAAAAAAAAAACCAUGCAAAAAAAGAGUAGAUCUUACUGACAAUUCCUUUGAGUACUACCGUAUUUUUCGCUCUAUAGGACGCACCGGACCAUAGGAGAGGGAGAACAGGGGGGGAAAAUUUCUCCACCUCUCUGCUCAGCACCCCUUCAGCGAAGCGUCAGGAGAAACAGAGCCCCUUCCAUUUCUCCUCCCACUUCGCUGAAGGGGCGCUGCGCAGAGAGGGAAAACUGUGCAGCACCUCUCCAGCAAAGUGAAGCCAGGAGAGCAAGAGGGAUCGGUGUGCACCGACCCCUCUCACUCUCCAGGCUGCAGGCAGCUAUCCACAAGCCUUCAGAGCGCAGCGGGAGUUCCCUGCGCUCUGGGGGCUUCAGGCGGCUUCAGCGAAAGCAACGCGAAGCCUCCGGAGCGCGGGGGAGCUCUCCCUCUGCGCUUCGGAGGUUUCAUGUUGCUAUCGCUGAAGCCAAUGAGCCUGCAUUCGCUCCACAGGACGCACACACAUUUCCCCUUCAUUUUUGGAGGGGGAAAAGUGCGUCCUAUAGAGCAAAAAAUACGGUACUUGAGAUCGGACCAGCCCUCAUAGCUGUCAACUUUUCCCUCCUUUUCUUGUGAGGGAUCCUAUUCGGAAUAAGGGAAUUUCCCUUAAAAAAAGGGGGAAAGUUGACAGCUAUGCCAGCUCUUGCCAUAGGGGUCAGGGUACCCACUGCGUAAGGCCUAGGACAGGUCUCCAGAGGCCCUUGAAUUUGGCACCGUCAUUAGCUGGUAUUUCUCUAGAGCAAAGUCCAUCAGCGGCUGUUAGUAAUUGCUUUGACCUUUUGGCUCUGCUUAGCAGCCAGAGUGGGCAGGAGGAAGACGGAGGAGGCUUCUAGCUGAAGCCGACCUGCUGAGGUCCCUGCCAGGCAUUAUGUGUCUCUUCAUGAAAACAAGCCUUUGCGGAUAAGGGCAGCUGCUUGGCGUGGGCAGAGAAAUCCUUUGGCUUCCCAGAGUUGCCGUGAGGGGUCCAGAGGGGGUGGGCACAGGGCCUCCCUCUCCCACCCUGCCGCUCCUUGAAUGAGGGGACGCGAAUUAGCAGCGCAACAGGAAACACAGGGGGACUCCAAACGGAGCAUGUUCGGCUUCCGAAAAAAGGUCUGGAAACCGGAACUCCUACUUCCGGUUUUGCAGCAUUCGGGUUCCAAAUUGUUAGUGAACUAAGCUGUUUGAAAACUGAGGUACCACUGUAGUUUCGUGUGCCAGUCCACUCUGGCAAGAACCCUGACUGAGCAUCCUUAGCCCAGCACACAACUUUGGGCUGCUGAAUCCUCUUGGGGGACUCCUCCCAGCUCCUCCCUGCUCACGGCCUGCUUCCCUUGCCCUCCUCCUGUGCGCAGGUGACGUCACGCUGGACCUUCCGCUGCCCCGGCUGCCCCCAGGCCCUCUCCCACGACGACUCCCACUUCCACGAGCGGCACAAAUGCAUCAACUUCUUCGUCAGAGUCUACGGCUACAUGCCUUUGCUCUACACCCAGUUCCGCGUGGACUCCGUCCUCUUCAAGACCAGGCUGCCCCACGACAAGACCAAGUGCUUCAAGUUCAUCUAG